CGGAAGUCCGCCCUCUUUUGUUCUUGUGCACUGCACGCUGUCUUCUAAGACCCGUCAAGCCUGCCGCAGGCCGGAUUGGAACGAAUUGGAAUUUUCUCCAUUUGUAUCCCGGCAAACCAAUGACACGACACCACACGAGCACCAAUUGCUGACUUGGUGUCGGUGGCGAGAGAAUGGAGAAGUCAAGUUUACCAUAAAUAGCAAGCGGUGACACCCAGCCAACGUCGAUGAAGGUGAUCUUUUCGUUCAAGAUUAGUUUUCAAUUGUGAUUUACCAUUGGGGCUAUUGAUGAACUAUCCGCAUUUUUUUUUCUAAGAUGUUUAAUAAUAGUCAUCAGAAGUAUUAUCAAAUCGACCUGACGUAGCCAAGAUGUGCAUGUGCAGCAUUAGCUACACCGAAAUGUCUACGUGGGAAGGCACAUUUGGAGGCACGACACUUAUUUCCAGGUCCACCAAGUGAAGCAGGGCGCUAAACUCUGGAAAAGUUGGCCAAGCUUGCCGAACAAUAACUCUGGCGUCUGACAAAAACUUGAAAUCAACGCAUUGAAGCAGACCCCAAUUUACUUCCGGAAGUGGCAAACCUGAACAACGAGUGUUACGGAACCAAUAUCAUCAUUUUGUCGACUUGGAAAACGCACAAGGGUGUCGAGAAUACAAUUACGGAGCUGCACGUUACGUUUUGUAUGACUACUGGCAAUUAAUGUGUUCUCUUUUUUUUAAAGCUCAGACUACUUUCAGAAACCAUUUUGGACGAGAAGCGGAGUCUUUUUCCAGUUUCACCGAUCUGCAAAAAGUUCCUGUAGGAAACAUGACAGCUGUGGUAGGACGAGCAUGGAGGUGGGUGCGCUCGUGGGGUAGCAGUCCCCCGUCAGACAAAACUGACGUCUGGAAGCUAAGUACUGCCGCCGCGAGAGAAGACCAAAAGUCUCCAGGAGAGGACGAGUACUGGGAAGCUCAGGAGAAGCUCCAACCUGGGGAAAUUGAAGAUCUACGUGCAGGGAAGCAAGAAAUGGAGACAACUGUUGAACAUGUUCCGAGAUGGUGGAAUAAAUAUCUCCCGACAUCCUUUCUACCCUGGGCAAGGAAAACACAGCCAAGUAGACUCUCGAAAAAAACCCGUCACAUCAAGAGUGGCGAUGGGGACAUUGACGGGGACUUUUCAGACUACGGAACACCUCCUCCUUCCCCGACGCCACGUUCCCAGAUCGCGUCCCCCUUUCGUCUCUUUGUGCACAGCCUGAAUGUGGAAUUGUUUCCGGAGCACUAUGAGAUCUGCUUCAACUUCCUCCGCCACCUGUUUGACCUGUUCGUGGUGGGAUUCCUGUGGAUUGUGUCGCCUCCCGUCAAGCUGAUCUUGGAAAUGUUGGGGAUUCAGGGACCGCUGCGGCUUUGGCUCCACGGCAUGGCCAUGUUUUUGGUGUCCACGGUGGGAAUGGCCGGACUGCUUUGGGUGAUCCAGGAGCAUCUCCCAGAGUUUGCUUUCAUCUACGGCGUUGUGCAAGCAUUAGUGAUCUCCGUCAGCCUGAAGAAGAGUGUCCUCCUUGGAUUGGACGAAGAAAAAACAGAAACGGAGGAGGAGAGCGGGCAAUCCGAAGACAAGAAAGAAACGCUUGAUGCAAGGGACAAAAUGAAGACAAGCUAAGCUUCUUGGUGGUGAUUGGUUGGUGGUUGAACAUCAACGGAGCCAGAAGAGUGGAUUUUCUCGCACCACUCUCAAGCUGUUUGGCGUAAAAUUGUUAUUGCACAUUUAUUACAGACUUGCACACAUCUUAUUCAAGUUACUCAAUGGAUCCCGUCAUCUACCACUUUGGGAGACUUUUGCAUGUUCUUGAAAUGCCCCUUCAGCCAAAGAUUUGUGAGAUUCUUUGUUGCAGUUUUGGCUCUUUUGUGUCUGCUUUCAUUUGUGUAUACUUUUUCAUGUGUAGCAAUGAGCCUGUGUGUCUCCUUUGGCUGUAUUUUCAAAAAUUACAGCAGGUUCUGUCCAAAAAAAAAAAAAAAAAGGAGAUUAACAAAUAUAAUGCACAGAGGGCACCGAAGUAAGAGCCACUAUACCAGCACAUGGAGACAGCGUUUUCUGCAGGCUGUUCUUUUUUUUUUUUUUUUUUAAAAGCCAUGACUUGCAAAGCCAGCCAGGAAACAAAUAUAUGCUCAACACAGCAUCAUAUCAGGCAGCAACAGAUCCCAUGUAUCAAUUCAAAAGCUGAGGUUUGUCAACUUUAUUUUUAUUUUUUUAAACUUCAGUGGAACCCCCAAAGUCAUCAAUGUAUUCUGUUCAGUCUCGCUUGUUGACUUCCAGGUUGUUCUCAAUUGAAACCACAAGUUCCCAUAGGAAGGUAAAGUGAAUUUGGUCAUUUCAGGCUCAAAGUGUUACUCAUAAAAGCUUGCAUUGGCAGUGUUAAUGUGACUAAAUGCCAAAAUAGUGUAAAAACUAUUUAAACCAUGCAUAACUAAAUAAAACUGAAAUAAAGUAAAACUACUCAGCCUUUGGAAAUGUGUGUCACCAACCAUUUGCUGAAAAACUCACCUUCUAAGAUGCCACAAAUUGGCGCCAAAGCCCUGUCGAAAUCGGAAAGGAGUACAGCAAUUGGUCCAGGGACAUUGAAGUGAUACUUUGUAUGUAGGGGAGGAGCUAAGUUGAGCCUGGGUUGUUCGUGGAAGCUCCGAAGAGUCUUGGCUGUGUGUGUGCAGGUACGCAUGCACUUCGGGUGCAUUUUCAAAGCUGUAAAGUUAUUUGUUUUUUAACGGUAAUUUUGUAAGCUUAGUUUGAAAUUGAAUAAACUGAUUUGGCACCCUACUUCAAUAUAAAUAUCAGCAAUUCUAAACAUUUCGAGGUGGGGGCUUCAAUUAGUUUUCCCCUAUUCGCGGCAGGCAAAUAUUGGGGCAUAACUAUAGUGCUAUAAUAUCACAUUUAGUGGUGUUUUAUUGAUAUUGCCGGAGUUAGGAGUUGUAUGCCAUUCAAAAAAAAUAUAUAUAUAUAUGGAUAAAGCAAAAGUCUUAAGAUGCUCAAUGGGCAAAAAAUGCUGGCUCCAAAUUAUUCCACCUUUAUGGCGCUCGACUUCCGAGGUUCCGCUGUAGUUUUAUCUACAUUGAGCCCCUCAUUAUGACACGAAACCGCCUCUUUUGGAAUGUUUGAGUUAUGUAAUCAGGUUGACUGCGUCACCACCCUUAUGUUUGGUGUCUGUUACUGUGGUUACAGAGCUCCACUUUUCAUUGUAUCUGUUCAAAUAACAUUUAUUUGGAUUGUUCUGUUCAGCUACUCAUUAAAAAAAAAAAAGGGAAUGCAGUAGAUUUAUAUAGAGGGGUUUGGUUUUACUACACAUCCUUUAUAUGUCAAUUAGUGCUCUUAUUAAUUGUGCAUUGUUUAAUAAGUGCAUGCCGACAGACAUCCUGAACACGAGACUGACGCUCAAUGCUUAGCAAUCCUCUGAUUGAAGCCAUCACUGUCCUUUGCCGUGACUUAACAAUAUUCCAUCCUUCUGACAUAAUUUGCUCAAUCGAAUGCAAUAUAAAACAAGUUCACAACAUGCAUGUUUUUAUCUUAUAAAUUGCAUCUGCCAACGAUGAUCUUCAGUAAUGGUGGUAUCACAGUUAUGUGAUGGUUUGGUCUUUAAAAAAAAAAAAUGGCAGGUUUUGAAUUACAUCCAAGACAAGAGUUAUAAAGUUACACUCGAAAACAGUUGAUGCGCUGUAAGAAAAGUAUUCAUUUAACGUUUUAUUGCGAUGUUUAUCUUGUGUAGACGAAUUGAAAGAGGCCAAAAAAAUACACGUUUGACGACCGCAAAGUUGAUCAUCUCAGGAUGACGCAAACUCCCAACAGCCAUAGGCAUGUUGUUAAAUGAAUACGUCUCCGACAUAGCUGGUAGGUAAGUUUAUAUCCCGUGCCAUAAAACCAGCAGAGCUUGUACAUAAAAACCUCGAUACUAUAUUGCAGGAUCCUGUGCCGUGAUUGUUCUCAUUAUAUGCUUGAAAACAGCUAAUUUGGAGAUAUCUCACAAUUCAAUACAUUUUAUUGUUGUGGCACAACACAUAGAAUCCCCCCCCCCCUCCCUUAUUUUCCUUUUCUCCUAUAUUCAUAUAUAAUUCGAAAAAUGACAGGUUGCCUUUUAUCAAGUUAAAAUGGGUGCGCUAACUGAUUGGUGUUACCAGCCCAGCCCCUUCAAACUUCCAUGUUCAAAUAAUUAUGCAUAUUGAGUUCAUGUUCAGUAAACAUUUAGAAAUUCUGUUAUUCUGGCAAAGCUUUUGCAUAUGUUGUUUCUCCUGUCCUUCUAUAUCACUCAUAUCAAUCUUAGUCAAGUAAGAAAAUGACUUAAGUUUGAUCAAUUGCAUGGACUGUUUAGGACAACGGACAAAAACAGCAUAUGCUUAAUAAUUGAAUGCCCAUUGGUUCAAUGAGACGGGUUUUUGUUUUCCAACAUGUACUUGGAAGUGGACACAUUGCAGUUAUGAUGCUGAUGCGAUGUAUCUUAACAGUGUACUGUUACUGAAUAAAAUGGAUGGAAUUUCUUUUA